AUGGGGUUGGAUAAGGCGAUAGUGAUGUUGAUGGUGAUGAUUAUGGUGGUGGUGGUGGUGAUGGUGAUGAUGUUGGUGAUGGUGAUAGUUAUAGUGGUAGUGAUGAUGAUGUUGCUGGAUAAGGUGGUAGUGAUAGUGAUGAUGAUGGUAGCGGUGUUGGUUAGGAAGAUAGUGAUGGUGAUGUUUAUGUUGACAGUGAUCGUGAUGGUGUUGGAUAGGGUGAUUGAGAUGGUGAUGGUGAUGGUGAUGGUUAUGGUGAUGAUGAUGGUGAUGGUGAUCGUGAUGGUGAUGUUGAUGGUGAUGGUGAUGGUGCUGGACAAGGUGAUAGUGAUGGUGAUGGUAAUGAUUAUGGUGGUGGUGAUGGUGAUAAUAUCGGUGAUGGUGAUGGUGAUGGUAAUGGUGAUGGCGAUGGUGUUGGUGAUGGUUUUGGAUAAGAAGAUCUUGAUGGUGAUGGUGAUGUGA